AGAUGGCCAACCCAAAUUACUAUUACCAUGGUUAUCUUGUAAUGUUUUCUUGUGCUGUGUUGUUAACAGCUCAGAUUGGAGCAAGUGAUGGUGCAGGGUCACUCCUGGGAGGGAAGAAGUUGAUAGUUGGUGUUCCUAAGAAAGUGAGCUUCAUCCAGUUUGUGGAUGUACAACUGAAUCCCUUGAACAAGAGUCAGCUCGUGAAUGUUACAGGCUAUUCUAUUGACAUUUUCUUGGCUGCAGUAGCUUAUCUUCAGCGUUCAAACUACAAUAUUUCUUUCGAGUUUAGUGCUUUUGUAGACAAAAAUGGAAACACUAUUGGGGGUUACGACGCACUCAUCCGCCAGGUUAACGAAGGAAAGACCAAGCCAGCUGACUGUAUAACGAGGUUGGUCAGGCCUGGAAUUUCCACGUUUUUCACUAUUUUUUGCAGCAAGUAUGAUGCUGCUGUGGCAGAUUUGACAAUAGUGGCAAAUAGGUCAAACUAUGUAGAUUUUACAUUACCAUAUGCACAGUCUGAUGUGAGGAUGCUUGUGAAACUCCGAAAUGAUCCACGCUUGAAUAUGUGGACUUUUGUACAACCAUUUAGCUGGGACAUGUGGCUAUGCAUUGUCGUGGUCUCUGUUUUUACUGGAGGUAUUAUAUUAUUCAUGGAACACAAUGUCCAAGAAGAUUCAAUGCUUAAAAAUUCUCCCAUUAGAAAACAACUUAGUGGGGUUUCAAUCUUGUGGCUCCCUGUAGUGCAAGCAGUUUUUCCUGAAAGAGGAUCAUUGGCAAAGAAUUGCUCAAAGUUUGUGUUGGUGAUGUGGUUGAUUCUAGUAUUUAUACUGAUGCAAAGUUACACUGCUUGCUUAUCAUCAAUCUUGACAGUACAUCAGCUUCAAUCUCAUUACCCUAGUGAGGAUGACAUUAUAACAGACCCUAGCAUUUUUGUUGGAUGCCACUAUGGCUCAUUCAUAAAUGGCUUAUUAGUUGAUAGCUUGAGUAUUGAUAGUUCAAGAGUGAAGGAAUACUCGAGCAUUAAGCAAUAUAAGGAGGCUUUAGAAAAGGGAAGCCGAAGAGGUGGUGUUGAUGCCAUUUUUGACGAGGUUCCCUACAUUAAAGUCUUUCUAGCCAAAUAUGGUUCAAAUUAUGCCAUGGUGGGGCCUAGGCAUCGCAAUGCUGGAUUUGGCUUUGCAUUUUGUAAGAAUUCGACCUUAACCUCGUACUUUUCUCAAGCCAUAUUAAAUGUAAGUGAGAGUAAAGAAAUGGACUGCAUUGAGGAUAGAUAUUUUAACACCUGUGAAGAUGAUGGCAUAUCUUCUUCAUCGUCAGAUGUUGAUAGUCCCAGCCUCACCGCAUAUAGCUUUGCAGGUUUGUUUGUAGUAUUUGGAAUUCUCUCACUCUUAGCUUUGUUAAUCUCUGAACAUCAUUUUUGGAGAAGACAUGUCAUGCUUAUGAAAAUGCAUAGCCAAAAAUUCUUGAGCUGGAGUUCCACAAGAACCAACACGUCAGAGGAAGGUUCUAGAACGAGAAUAAAUGUUGAUGAUGAUGGAGAAGGUUCUGUGAACAGAGAAAAUAUUAGAUUAUCAGGAGAUGGAGAAUAUAACUACGUAAAGAUAUUGGUGGCAUCUCUUCCCUAAGUGGGUACUAAAACAUUGCUCGGAUAAUUAAGUUUUAGACAUGAGUGUCAGUUAGUUAAUUAGGUUCUGUGAAGUAAUAUCCAAGCUUGUCUUGGAGCUUAGGUUGUGAAAACCAUGUGCAUAAUUAUAGUUUUUUUCAUGUGUUCUGGACUUCUGGCAUC